CAUAGAUUGACGUCUGAAGCCACCAAUAAUGUUUGCGAAAAAGAAUAAUAUUUAUCUUUCACUUGAUGGCGACUGUUUUGUCAGAUGACCUAAAGAAGCAUUAUAACAUGGUGUGGGAAAUUAAGAGUCCUCUGAGCAGCAGCAGUAGUAUGUUGGAUAUCCCAGGGCCAGGGCCAGAGGCAGGUAGAGACCAGGGAUUGGUCCUGCUCCAGUGUGAAGAACAGCUGCCCUCCUCCCCCGGAUGCCCCACCAGUGACAGCCACAUGGAAUACGAUGACCUCCCGGAGCUGGAGGAGGUGGAGGAGGACCAGACAGCCCCCACCGUGUUUCAAGUGGGGGCAGGGGUGUCCCAUCAGGAACGUGACGGACACACACAGACUCAUACGGCCGGGCCCCUGGACACACACUGGCUCACACAGCUAGCUCACAUCGCCACAGGCCCCCAGAGUCCCCUACUACAGGGUUCCACUCAGGUCGUCAGGUCAACUCCCGUCCACAUCUUUGGCACCAGUAGCAACCUCCAUUCCUACGCACGGCCUCCCCACACCCGGCCUCCCCACACCCGGCCUCCCCUGACCUCCAGCAGCCUGCCCUCUAGAGGCCAACACAGGGAGCGCAGCAGGCGAGUCAGGGUCAGUAGUGAGUGUGAGUCUGCUGUGUCCUGUCACUCCUCUGUGUCUGAUGACGAGGACAUGGGCUGGAGCCACUCCUGGCCACCUACUGCUUGGCACUGCUUCCUCAAAGGCACUCGUCUGCGGUUCCAUAAGGGUUCUAGUGUGGAGUGGCAGGAUGCUGAGGAACUGGUGUCAGACGAAGACUCAGACGAUGAGGCAGAGGCUAUAACCCGCCCCCUGAAGGGCUAUGGUCGUGAGGGCUUGAGGCUGGUGUCCCACACAGAGAGCCGGGCGUUCGGGCAGUCCGUCCUCAAGCUGACCUUUGACCCAGGUGCCUGUGGGGAGUGUCUUCUGUCCUCUGAGUGUCAGCUGGACCACCCGUUCUACGUCAGAAACAAAGGCUGGUCGUCGUUCUACCCCAGUCUGACCGUGGUGCAGUAUGGGAUCCCGUGCUAUGAGGUGAUGGUGGGAGACGUGUGUCUGCCUCCUGGACACAGAGAUGCCGUCCACACUGACGACUCCCUGGUGUUCGACACGUUCAGGAGUUAUGACUUCACUCCCCUGGACUCGUCGGCGGUGUACGUUCUGAGCAGCAUGGCCCGGCAGCGUAGGGCCUCCCAGUCCGCCGUCAGCCCCGACCAAGACGCACACCGCAACAAGCCAAUUAAGAGCCAGCAGGACUCGGGAGCAGCCGGCGGGGCUUCGCCCACAAAGUGCAAGCGGCCAAUGAAUGCAUUCAUGCUAUUCGCAAAGAAGUUCCGGUUGGAGUACACCCAGAUGUACCCUGGGAAGGACAACAGAGCGAUCAGUGUGAUCCUGGGAGAGAAGUGGAAGAAGAUGCGAGGAGAGGAGAGGAGGAUGUACACCAUGGAGGCCAAGGCUCUGGCUGACGAGCAGAAGAGACUCAACCCUGACUGCUGGAAACGCAAGAGAACCAACUCCGUGAGGAGAGGACACACACACAUAUCCUAAAAAGACUCUUGCAUGGUGGUCAUUUCAAUAUCAGCCCCUUGGAACUGUACCUAACCUUUCUUCUCUCUUUAACUUGUUCUCCGUUACAGGGUUCCCAGGGGAACUAAGAGGCGCAGACACACGAGAGAGGGAUGAGGCAGAUGACAGGAGAAAAGAGAGGGAGGCGAUGGAGGGGAGGGCACGCCGAGAAGAGGGGUGUAUGGGGGGAGGCAGUACAUGCUCAAACCAGCUACCACUCCUGAGCUGAGGAAGACACGCGCGCACACGCACGCACACACACACACUUUAGAGCCAGCUACACUUCCUGUGACGUUACUCUACUGUGAUUCGGGGUAUGCUUGCUUUCUAAACAAAUAGAGAUUUAUGUAAGAAAAAAAUAUAUAUAUAUAUAGAUAUAUACAGUAUAUAUAAUAUACUAACUGUGCUUGAAUAUAAGAUAUUUUUUUAAUGUCCGACUUGCCUUAAUCUUCCAAAGCAAGAUUGUAUUCUUUUUAAAUCAUUUUGAUUAAUUUCAGGUAAUUUCAUACCUUAUAGCUUGAAAAACAUGAGCCCAUGUGGUGCUGUAGAGUAGAAAAGGGGGAGGUGAAAACUAAACGUCUAUUUUUCAACCAGAGAUCAGUCUAGGGAAUUAAAAAAAUGCUUCCGAUUA